GCCGUCCCGUCUCCAUUCUCGAGUCCAAAGUCCAAGUCUUUCCGUUUCACGUUACGUGCUUCUUCUGUAGCUAUAGCUUGCACAGUUGGACAUCUCUCUCUCUCUCUCCUAGCUUGUAGGUAGCUAGUACGGCCACAAGUCACAAAGUUGUAUAUAGCCUUCUCGUCCUCUCCAUUCUCUGGCUUGAAACCUCCAAUCCAUCCAUGGACUUGGUGCCAAAGCAAGAGCAGCACAAGGAGGAGGAGGAGAAAGAGGAAGAGGAGGGCAUGAUCUUGGCGGAGCAUGGCAGCCGGGCCAACUUUGGCCACGGCGGCGGCGGCGGGCGCAGGAGCGAGAUCAAGGAGGUCGACUUCUUCUCCACCGGCGGUGCUCGCCGCAGGAACGGCGACGACGGCGACGGCGACGGUGAGCAUGGAAACCGAGAGGCAGGAGCACUAGGACGCGGCAAUACUACGGUCAACACGGCGCUUGACCUUCUGACCACGGCGGCGGCGACGCCGGUUAACGGCGGCGAGGGUACGGCCGCCGGAGCAGCGAGUGAUCAUAAAGAGGCGUCGACGGUGGAGGGGGAGCUCCGGCAGGCCGGCGAGGAGAACCGGCGGCUCCGGCGGAUGCUGGACGACCUCACCCGCAGCUACAGCGCUCUGUACCAUCAGCUCAUCCAAGCCCAGCAGCAGCAGCAGCAGCAGCAGGCCGGCGGCGCGGCGAACUCGAUGGUACCGGCGGCGGCGACAGUGCCGGCGGGACUGCAAUUCGUGGACCCCCGCAUGGCUCCGGCGAUAAGAGCUCCGGCGGCGCUUGACGGAGGGGAUUCCGAUGGUGGCAGCGGCAGCGCCGGCGAAGCGGAUCGUCAGAACAGCGGGAGGUCGGCGCAGCAGGAAGGGUCCGGGACGCCUGAGCGCGACGAGAACGCCGAGCGGGCGGAGGCGCCGCUGCGGAGGGUGAGGGUGUCGGUGCGCGCGCGGUCCGAGGCCCCAAUGAUCAGUGAUGGAUGCCAAUGGAGGAAGUAUGGGCAGAAGAUGGCCAAGGGCAACCCAUGCCCCAGAGCUUACUACCGGUGCACAAUGGCCACAGGAUGCCCCGUCAGGAAGCAGGUGCAACGGUGCGCGGAGGACAAGGCGGUGCUCAUCACCACGUACGAGGGCGCCCACAACCACCAGCUGCCGCCGGCCGCCGCCGCGAUGGCCAAGACCACCUCGGCCGCGGCCGCCAUGCUCCUCUCGGGCCCGGCCGCCGCCGGCCGCGACGCCGGCGCGCUCUUCGCGGGCCACCACGUCGCGGCGCCGCUCUUCCAGUCGUACCCCUACGCGUCCGCCGCCAUGGGCGCCACGCUCUCCGCCUCCGCGCCGUUCCCGACCAUCACCCUCGACCUCACCCACCCGCCGCCGGCGUCGGCCGCGGGCCUGCUCCCGCACCGCCCGCCGGCGCUCCCCGCGAUGCCGUUCCCGAUGUACGGCGGCUUCCCUGCCGCGCACAGGCCGGCGGUGCCGCCACAGCCGACGACGGUGUCGUUGGGGAUGAUGGACGGCAGGAACCGGUCGGCGCUGGAGACCAUGACCGCCGCGAUCACCAGAGACCCCAACUUCACCACGGCGCUGGCGGCCGCCAUCUCGACGAUCAUUGGGGGAGGCGCUGAAGCAGCUCCCCGGAGUGGCGCCGGCGCCAACGGAGAUGGUAAUAGCGAUAGCGGCGGCACUGAGUCGACCACCACGGCGGCGGCGGCCGGAGCACGGGAGACGGCAUUGCAUGCGCUUUUACAAAGACUGCAUGACAGCCGGCAAUAAUAACAUUUUGAAAUCAAAGCUUAUGGACGACCAUCUGUACAUACAUCCAUGUGUACCGCGUACGCAUAUAAAUCUGUACACAUCGCUUUUGUACGUUAUACGUAUAGUCCUAUGUGCUAGUGUUGUAAAUGGAUUAUACAAUUGAGAUUUUUAUAGAGGCGAUACGUAAGAUUUAAUGUUCCACA